UCACCAGCCACGGCAUUGAUGGUCGGAGGACACUGUCAACCAAAGGGCCUACCAAGCUCUCUAGCAUAUACUCGAUACGACUACCGUGUGGCGACUCAAAGCCAUUGCAACUACAGGUAUAUCCCAGCCAGCCCAAGCACACCCACAUCAUAUGGCAUAUAAGAGAUAUCGAACAAACCAAAACAGACGGACUGAGACAAUCCACCCACAUGCACAAGAACUAUGUCACACUACAUCCAUCAGGUCUAAGACAUCAAGCAGGAAGUCGCCCACAGCAGCAUCGCACAGUCCAACGCAGAACCCAUUCACUGCCUACAGUGUACAUGAAAUCAAGCUUUGGGGAUACCGUUGCCUCCACCGUGCAACGCAACCGAACCAACCAAACGCAGAUGCGUAUCAUACCACCCACAAGAGCCACAAAUACUCCAUAACUGCGGAGGUAGUUGCGUAGCUACACAGCAGUGCAUCUUAAUAACUCGAACAACCGAAUGCGGAGAGAAGCAUCUCAUCCGUGCAGAUCAGACAGACAGACAGAACAACUGUGCGCAA